AUGUGGUCCCAGGUGCACGUGAGGCUGCUGCAGCAGUUCAUCCUGGCGUCCUUCGACCUGGCGCGCGAGCUGCAGGUGGUGCCCAAGAAGAUACAGUACGUCGCUACGCAGGAGCGCCAGCUCUACGAGGCCAUCAAUGAGAAGUUCUCCGAGGGCGAGAAGAAGCACGAGCUGUUGCAGAUGAUGCAGGAGGUGCUGAAGGAGAUGCGAGAGGAGGUGGCAGCUAUGGACUGGAGCGUGGACGAUCUGCCGUGCCACCAGGACAAGCGGCUCGUGGUGUCCAACUCCGUCUUCUACUCGUCGAGGAGCAGCCCCAGCGAGUCAGUGCGGCUCGGGCUCUCCGGAGGGGCGGAGCACCCCGCCGGGGCGGAGCCCCCUUGCGACGCGGAGGAGGCGGCCGCCUACGACAGCUUCAGCUUCGAGGACUACGAGAUCAUCAACUCGAACGACGAGAGCCUCAGUAUCAGCUCUUGCCUCCAGUCGAGAGGGGACGACGCCGCUUCCCUGAUAUCGCAAAUCGACACGAUCCACGUCGAGAACGAGUCGGAGGUGUUCUCGCUGUCCGGCAGCGGCCGCGGCUGGCCUGCCACCGCCACUGCCACCACCACCACCACCACCACCAACUACAACACCUACAACACCACCAGCACGAACAGCACCAAUACCACGUGCACCAACAACGCCAAGAUGUCCAUAAAGCAGGCGUCUCUCGACGUGCAGCAGACCGUUCUGGCAAAACUGAGUCGCAAGAUCAGCCUAAAGCUUGUCAACUUCGUCGACUGUCUGAAGGACACGUACUUUGGGACGUUGCAAAGGUGCCUGUGGGCGCUGGAGGCGUCGUGCCGCCGCGAGCUGGGCGGGCGGCCGGCCAGCGAGGCCACUUGGCGCCUGGCCGCCGUGGCCCGCCAGGUGGACCUGCAGCCCUGCGCCUCCUACUCGCUGCUGCGCAGCCUGCUCGACUCGCUGCGCCGGCUGCUCUGCAGGCUCGGCGGGGCGGGCGGCGUGGAGGAGGCGUGCUGCGUGCUCAGCCCCGUGUGGCGCCGCCAGGUGGCGCUGCACACGGUGAACUCGCUCAGCACGCACCGCCUCGCCAGGAUCAUCUCCGGACAGAUACUCGAGAGGCUGAGCGUUGCACACGAGAAGUACCAAUCCGCUUUGGCCUCCUUAGAAGCGGCUCUCGCCAACCGUCUUCAUCACACAGAAGACGUUAAACUGGCCAUCAGGAAGAAAUACGCGCCCGCUUUCGCCCGCCUCUGCCUCGAGAGUACCUCGAUGUGCGACCUUCUCAUGUACGGAAUGCCGGAAUGCCGGAGCUGGGUCGCGAGAUCGAGACGCGGAGGCGUGAAAGCUAACGGAGUAGAUAUCAGGGGUAGGAGGUCAAGGAUGACGGGGUCAAGGCUUAGGGUGAGGUCAGGGGGGCGCGGCCAGUACGGCGUGGUGUAUGCGGUGCGGGGCCGCUGGGCGGGGCACGGCCCGGCCGCCGUCAAGUCGGUGCUGCCGGCGGACGAGCGCCACUACCAGGACCUCGCCAUGGAGUUCUUCUACACCAGGUGGGGCUCUGGGGUGAAGGGGACGAGCAAUCGGCUGGCCUGGUGGUACGCGACCGCCCUGGUCACUUAUGUGGGAAGGUGGCAGAAGCUGCCGUUCGUGGACCUGUUAUCUCGCCCGCCGGACGAAACGCAG